GGACAAUGUCUCAUUCUUUUUCCUUUUUCCGCAAUUUCUCUUGUUAAAUUCACACAUACUAGUAUUUUCAUCAUCAUCACUUCCCUGUCAAGUCUCUGCCUUCCAUUCCCUGUCGUAUUCUUCCCCAAUCAAGCUCUCUACUCUUUACUACCCAUUUCCCUUCCUUUAAAGUAACUCGAAACGGUUUCCCUUUCCCAUAUGCCUGACGCCAAAGAUUCCUCCAUAGUAUACUCCAAAUCCAAAUCAACCUCGAUCAGCCUCACAACAACAACAUAGGAUUAUACUAACUAUUUUCUUGAUGGCUCAAGACAUCCUCAGAAUCAUACCCACUCUCCUCUCUGCAGCUUCAAUCGCCGUCAUGGUCACCAACAACCAAACCGUUCUCAUCUUCGCUAUCCGCUUCCAAGCCCACUUUUAUUACUCACCCUCCUUCAAGUUUUUUGUUGCAGCAAAUGGUGUAGUCGUUGCCUUGUCUUUGCUGACACUGGUACUGAACUUUCUCAUGAAACGUCAAGCAUCACCAAGAUACCAUUUCUUCCUAUUCUUGCAUGACAUUGUGAUGAUGGUGUUGUUGAUAGCUGGAUGUGCAGCGGCAACUGCAAUAGGUUACGUGGGGCAGUUUGGAGAGGAUCAUGUGGGUUGGCAGCCAAUAUGCGACCAUGUGCGCAAGUUCUGCACAACAAACUUGGUUUCCCUUUUGCUCUCUUAUUUUGCUUUCAUUUCCUAUUUCGGAAUCACUCUUUUAUCAGCCUACAAAAUCGUCUCUUCUUCUCCCAAGAACUAAUAAUCAAAUCAAGUCAAUAUACCACCAACAACAACAACUACCGUUACCAACAACUUGUCUAGCUAGCUACAAUGAUGAGGGCCAUGAGGGGGAUUAAUUAAUUUAUACUAUAUAAUCCCAUGUUACUAUAAAUGUUGUGCAUGUAUUUUUUGUUACAAAAUUGUUAGUUUGGUGUGUGUUUAUCAAUGCUUUUUUUGGUAUGGUUAUAAAUGCUAUAACAUGUAAAGUAGGAGUUAAAGAAAAUAUUUACCAAUAAUAAUCAAGCUGUGUUUUAAGAUACA